AUGGGUAACGGAGCCAAAGCCGCAUCUAAGCGUGAUCGCAAGGCCAGUAACGUCAAAGUGACCGCAACGUCGCAGCUGAAAGCGAACGAAGCUGCCAAGGAUAUCAUCUGCACCACCUGCAGGCAGACCUUCCUCAAGACUACUCGUGCUCCGGCUCUGACUGAGCAUGCCUCGAAUAAGCACAACAAGACGCUCCAGGACUGUUUCCCUGGCUUUGUAGAAGCCCCUAAGAAAUGA